GGAGGAGGAGGAUGCGGAUGAGACGCACCGCUCCUCUCGCUCUGAGCCGCGGACAGGAGCGACACACGUGGGUUUAACCAGCAACAGGUGCCGCCGAGGGAAACUUUCUUCAACUUUAACGCUUCAGGACUCGUCAACGCGACUCCCAUGUCCCGCAGCCAUGUCCCUGUACUACCGCAAAGUGGAAACCACGUCUUACCGCGACCGCAUCCCUCUGCGUGUGAUCCGCGCCGAGGCCGAGCUGUCGGCGCUGGAGAAGGCCUAUCUGGGGGCCGUGGAGCGCGGGGACUACGCCACGGUGAAGCAGGCCCUGGAGGAGGCCGAGAUCUACUUCAGGAUCAACAUCAACUGCGUGGACCCCCUGGGCAGGACGGCUCUGCUCAUCGCCAUCGAGAACGAGAACCUGGAGAUGAUCGACCUGCUGCUGAGCUUCGACGUGCACAUAGGCGACGCCCUGCUCCACGCCAUCCGCAAGGAGGUGGUGGGUGCCGUGGAGCUGCUGCUGAACCAUAAGAAGCCACGCGGAGAGCAUCAGCUCCCGGCCAUGCUCCUGAACACGCAGUUCUCGGACUUCACCCCGGACAUCACCCCCAUCAUCCUCGCAGCCCACACCAACAACUACGAGGUGAUCAAACUGCUCCUGGCCCGCGGCGUGUCCAUCCCCCAGCCCCACGACGUGCGCUGCGCCUGCGUCGAGUGCAUGUCCUCCUGCGACGUGGACGGGCUCCGAACUUCACGGUCCCGCCUCAACGUCUACAAGGCCCUGGCCAGCCCCUCCCUCAUCGCACUGUCCAGUGAAGACCCCUUCCUUACCGCAUUUCAACUCAGCUGGGAGUUGAAGGAGCUGAGCCAGGUGGAGAACGAGUUCAAGUCGGAGUACGAGGAGCUGUCCAAGAAUUGUAAGCGCUUCGCCAAAGAGCUACUGGACCAGACGCGGAGCUCCAAGGAACUGCAGAUCAUCCUGAACUACAAGGACAACGCCAACCCGCUGGAGGAGAAUAACAAUGAGCUGGCACGCCUCAAACUCGCCAUCAAGUACUGCCAGAAGGAGUUCGUAGCGCAGCCGAACUGUCAGCAGCUGUUGGCGUCGCGCUGGUACGACGAGCUCCCGGGCUGGAGGAGGAGGCACUGGGCCGUCAAACUCGUCAUCUGCAUCCUGAUCGGGCUCCUCUUCCCCCUGCUCUCCCUGCUCUACCUGGUGUCUCCCAAGAGCCGCUACGGCCUCUUCAUCCGCAAGCCCUUCAUCAAGUUCAUCUGCCACACCACCUCCUACCUCACAUUCCUCUUCCUCCUCUUCCUCGCCUCGCAGCACAUCGCCUCCGCCGACCCGGACUUCCAGGGCCCCGUGCCGACCACCGUGGAGUGGAUGAUACUGCCCUGGGUGUUGGGCUUCAUCUGGACCGAGAUCAAGCAGAUGUGGGACAACGGCUUUGAGGACUAUGUGGACGACUGGUGGAACCUCAUGGACUUCAUCAUGAACUCUCUGUAUCUGGCAACCAUCUCUCUGAAGAUCGUGGCCUAUGCAAAGUACAGCGGUAAGAAGCCUCGUUGUUCUUGGGAGAUGUGGCACCCGACUCUGGUGGCUGAGUCGCUGUUCGCCAUCGCCAACAUCUUCAGCUCCCUGCGUCUGAUCGCCCUCUUCACGGCCAACUCCCACCUGGGCCCGCUGCAGAUCUCGCUGGGCCGAAUGCUCCUGGACAUCCUCAAGUUCCUCUUCAUCUACUGCCUGGUGCUCCUCGCCUUCGCCAACGGACUCAACCAGCUCUACUUCUACUACGAUAGCGACGGCGAGGACAACUGUAAGGGCAUCCGGUGCCAGAAGCAAAACAACGCCUUCUCCACGCUUUUCGAGACGCUGCAGUCGUUGUUCUGGUCCAUCUUCGGCCUGAUUGCUCUGUACGUGACCAACGUGAAGCCGGAUCACCAGUUCACGGAGUUUGUGGGCAGCACCAUGUUUGGGACGUACAACAUCAUCUCUCUGGUGGUUCUUCUCAACAUGCUGAUCGCCAUGAUGAACAACUCGUACCAGCACAUCGCCGAUCACGCCGACAAAGAGUGGAAAUUCGCUCGCACCAAAUUAUGGAUGAGCUACUUUGAGGAAGGCGGGACUUUGCCGUCUCCGUUCAACAUUAUCCCCAGCCCCAAGUCCCUGUGUUACCUGAUCGGCUGGAUCAGGGUGCAUCUGUUUAAGAGACCACGCGGGGCCAGACUGAACACGUUUGAAAGCCUCGGGUUUCGUGCAACUGAAAAUGUCAGGUCGCAUCAUGAAUAUCAGGAGGUGUUGAAGAACCUGGUGAAGCGUUAUGUGGCUGCCAUGAUCCGAGAUGCAAAAACAGAGGAGGGUCUGACAGAGGAAAACUUUAAGGAGCUGAAGCAGGACAUCUCCAGCUUCCGCUACGAGGUCGUGGGCAUGAUGAAGGGCAAGUCUCCCUCAGGUCUUCUGUGCAGCUCCACUCUGGCCUACCCGGGGAACUCUUUCAGGUACUCCCCCUACCUGCCGUCCGAGGAGACCCAGCAGACCCUCCACGUGUUCGGCAUGGGCAGGGCCAGCCUCUCCGAGGGCCCCCCCACCACCGCCACCAAGCGCUCCUCCAACGGUUCGGCUGUCAUCCCCGUCCCAGAGAAAACCAGCACCAGCGAGGCCCCAAAAGAAGCGCGGCACUCUGGGAUCCUUCUGAGGCUGCAGCGAGCGAAGAAGCCGGAGAAGGUGGAAGCGCAGGUGCUACAGACACUGGACAAGGACGCCAAAGACACAGAGAUCACGAGUGAACAGACGCCACAAUAUUGACUCAGACUGGCAUUGACUGGCAUUUCCCCGUAGCAACAGUGGAUUUUCUUUUAGGUGUUUAUGAGUGAAAAAUUGCCAUGUGACUUUUUUAAACCCUAAAUGUUUGACUCGAAGGUUGAAUUUAUGGAAUAAUCUCAAAAAUACAGAGCAGUGGGUGGGGUUAGGGCAGGAGUCUCCAACCUUUUUCUUCUGGUGAGCUACAUUUACAAAAAGAAAAUAGUUUGAUUGAUUUUGGUCACAGGUAUACUCUGACAUUAUUCCACAAACAGUCAUAUUUAACAUACACAGACCGAAAAGAUGUUGGCUGAAGUUUGAGCUUAUUAUGCCUAAACUUUAUUCCUUUAUCAGAGCGUCAUCUUGACACCAGUUCCAUCCAUCCAUUUUCUUCGGCUUAUCCAGAGCCGGGUCGCGGGGGCAGCAGUCUAAGCAGGAACUCCAAGACUUCCUUCACCCUGGACACUUCUUCCAUCUCCUCCAGGUUGGACCCCAAGGCGUUCCCCGGCCACAGAGAGACAUAGACCUUCCAGUGUGUCCUGGGUCUUCCCCGGGGCCUCCUUCCGGUGGGACAUGCCCGGAACACCUCCCGAAGAAGGCGCCCAGGAGACACCCACUCAUCUGGCUCCUCUCGACGUGGAGGAGCAGCAGCUCUACUCCCAGCUCCUCCCGUGUGACUGAGCUCCUCACCCAAUCUCUAAGGGAGUGCUCCCCCACCCUGUGGAGAAAACCGGUCAUUACCUAGAGCUCAAGACCAUAGGUGAGGGCAGGAACAUAGAUUGACUGUAAAUCUUCACCACAACAGUCUGAUACAGCAACCGCAUCA